CUUCGCCUGGGCGGGGCGGGGCUUCGGCGGCUGCUUCCUCUGCUGCGGUGGCUCGGGGCCGGCGGGUCGGGGCCGCGGACCCGGGUCCGGCGGAGCCAUGGCGCUGUGCCCGGUGAUCGGGAAGCUGCUGCACAAGCGCGUGGUGCUGGCCAGCGCCUCCCCGCGCCGCCAGGAGAUCCUCAGCAACGCGGGCCUGCGGUUCGAGGUGGUGCCGUCCAAGUUCAAAGAGACGCUCAGCAAAGCCUCCUUCCCCAGCCCCUACGCCUACGCCAUCGAGACGGCCAAGCAGAAGGCCCUGGAGGUGGCGCACCGACUGCACCAGAAGGACCUCCGGACGCCCGACGUGGUCAUCGGAGCGGACACUAUCGUGGCAGUGGACGGGCUGGUUCUGGAGAAGCCCGUGGACAAGCAGGACGCCUACCACAUGCUUUCAAGGUUGAGCGGCAAAGAGCACAGCGUGUUCACGGGAGUGGCCAUCGUCCACUGCACCACCACAGGUAAGGGGCAGCUGCUGGGCACUGGGUGGGCGGCUCCCUGUCCCUGCACGUGGGGACGGGAGGACUCUGCCCACUGCCCAGGAAGGACUGGCCUGUGGGGAGAGUCGGGCGCCUCUGCACAGCGGUGUCCAGCUCCCUCCAGGUCCAGGGGGCUCCUCCUGCCUCUCCAGGAGCGCAUCCGGGGACGCUCGGGAUCUCCGUGCGAGAACCGACGUCCACUCCACCGGGGUGCGGGAGGAAGGCCCUGGCCAGCCCCAGCCCUCAGCGCGCCCUUCCCGCAGGCCCUGUUCACGGCCUGCAGGCUCAAGGUCUUCGACCUGCUCAGCGACGGCGCGCCCCGGGGGGCGGCGGACGUGGCCCGCGCCGUGGACGCCUCCGUGUGCGGGACCAGGAGGCUGCUGGAGGUCUGCGUGGCCCUGGGCUUGCUGCGGAAGACGGAGCAAGGUUACAGCAACACGGAGCUGGCCGGGCGGCACCUGGUGUCCAGCGGCGGGCACUCCCUGCACGGCCUCAUCCUGCACAGCGACCAGCGCUCCUGGGACCUCUUCAGCCACCUGGAGCGCACCCUGCGGGAGGGACAGCCGGGGGACCAGGCGGGCGCCCCCUGCCGGGAGACGCAGCUGCAGGCCCUGAAGGCCGCGCACACCCUCUCCACGCUGACCGCCCGCCGCCUGGCCUCGGGCGCCCCCUGCCGGGAGACGCAGCUGCAGGCCCUGAAGGCCGCGCACACCCUCUCCACGCUGACCGCCCGCCGCCUGGCCUCGGCCUUCGACCUGUCGCGGUUCUCCUCCGCCUGCCUCCUGGGAGGCUGCAGGGGCGCCCUGGCCUGGGAGCUGGCCCGGGAGUGCCCGCGGCUGGAGGUGACGGUGUUGGACAUCCCCGACGAGCUGCAGCAGGUGUCCUGCUUCCAGCCCCAGGACGGACCGCAGGCCCGCGUCAGCUUGGUGCCUGGUGACCCGUCCAGGGACGCCCUGCCCGCGGCUGACCUGUACAUCCUGCCCCGCCUGCCGCCCGACUGGCCGGACGACAAGGUCCACCAGCUGCUGAGGAGGGUCGCAGGGUGCUGCCGGCCGGGAGGCGGCCUCUUGCUGGCGGAAGUUGCCCUGGACGAGGACCCGGGGGCCGCCCGGCGUGGCCUGAGGCCGAAGCUGGACCUGCUGGUGCAGACGCCGGGCAGGGACUGGACGCUGGGCGAGGGCCGGCGCCUGCUGGAGCAGCACGGCUUCGGGGACAUGCAGGUGGCGCCCGCCGGGGACUUCCCGGGCGCAGUCCUGGGCAUCCGCGUGCGCCCCUGACGCCCCACAGUGACCUUUGUGUGGGCAUCGCGGAGGGAGCCCGUCGCGGAGGGAGCCCGGGUCCCCGCGCUGUCGGCUCACGUGGGCACGUGGACCGGGCCUUGCGGGAUGGAGAGAAUAAAGCCACCUUCCUCCCUC